GCGGCCCGGUCGCGACCCCCCCCCCCCCCCAGGGCGAUGCUGCCGCGUUGCCAGGUGAAGCUCGGUGCGCGGUUGCCGGGCGGCUAACCCGGGAGCGAGGAUGAAGCAGAAUGGGGCGCUUGAUCAGAUCGACGUGGACGCCGAUUGCAGGAGCCCGGGCGCGGCCGGCGAGCCGCCGCUGGCGGCCGCCCGCGGACUGAGGCACAAGUGUGCAGCCUACGUGCUGGCGCUGCGGCCCUGGAGCUUCAGCGCCUCGCUCACCCCCGUGGCCCUGGGCACGGCCCUGGCCUACAAGACCCUGGGCCAGCUGGACCUGGCCAUCUGCCUGCUGGCCGCUCUGGCCGUGCUGGCGGUGCACGGCGCCGGCAACCUGGUCAACACCUACUACGACUUCAGCCGGGGCAUCGACCACAAGAAGAGCGAUGACCGCACGCUGGUGGACCGGAUCCUGGAGCCGCAGGACGUGGUGCGGUUCGGAGCUUUCCUCUACACCCUGGGCUGCCUCUGCGCCUCCUCGCUUUACUUCUUGUGCAAGCUCAAACUCGAGCACCUGGCUCUCAUCUUCUUCGGGGGUCUGUCCAGCUCGUUCCUGUACACGGGAGGUAUUGGAUUUAAAUACUUUGCUCUGGGUGAUAUCAUCAUUCUGAUCACCUUUGGACCACUAGCUGUAAUGUUUGCCUAUGCUGUUCAAGUGGGUUACUUGGCCAUUUCACCGCUACUUUAUGCAAUUCCUUUAGCACUCAAUACAGAAGCUAUCUUGCACAGUAACAAUACCAGAGACAUGGAGUCCGAUAAGCAAGCUGGGAUAGUUACCUUUGCCAUUAUUAUUGGACCAACAUUAUCUUAUAUUGUGUAUAACAUACUAAUAUUUAUACCUUAUGUUAUGUUUUGUAUUUUAGCAACUCAUUAUGCAAUCAGCCUCACAUUGCCACUUUUGACUGUGCCUUUGGCAUUUUCACUUGAGCGGCAGUUUCGAAGCCAGAAUUAUGCCAAGAUUCCCCAGAUGACUGCAAAGUUGAAUUUUUUGCUGGGAUUGUUCUAUGUAUUUGGUAUUUUGUUGGCUCCACCUGGAACUUUGCCAAACUGAUGUUGCUUACAUUUCAAUUUUAAUUUUGAAGUCUGAGGUUUGUAGUGUUCCAGUUGAGCCCCUGUUCCUGUUAACAAACCAUGUUUUUUUUUAAACUACACUGCUUCCUAUCACCUAGGAAUACAUGAAAAAUUGGUAGUGCAUUGCGUUCUCAUUAAUGAACUGGAUUAGAACAAUGAUAUUGGCAUCAGGAAAAUAAUAAGGUGGCUUAGUUUUGUAUAAGUUGUAACUACAAGUACGAUUACUUGUAUAAAUAUUGUAAGCAGUAUGGUUAUAUUUCAACUUGAUACUCUAAUUUUAAAAAAAACAUUUGCCUAACCUUUUGUAUAGAACUAAGCAAAACUUCAUUUAAUUCCAGAAUAGAAAUUUAAAUUUGAUGUCCAAUUUUCAAUCUUCACAGCUUUCUUCUAAGCUUUUAAAAGACAUUCAUAGCUUGAGAAAUUACAUCACAUUAUAUUGUAUUAUUACUGUAAUGUUGAUACCAUUAUCAUUGGUCCCUUCGUAUGGGCCAGCAUGCCCAAAUAAUAUACAUUAUACAUUUAGUGUCUAACAGAGCAAGAAUGUGAAUUUGUAGAAUGUGACUAAAUGAUAGGAGCUGAGAAAAUUGGACCUAGGAAAUAAUUUCAAAGAAGUGAUCCAACUCCACUUUAAAAAUGACUUUUUUUGUCUUGACCGUAGUCAUCAGAAUUUCGUGAUUGUAAUUGCAUUCCAGUGCCAUUAUUUUCUAUUUUGUGAUAAAUUGUGGGGUCUGGUUAAUGAGGAUUGUUAAUCAUUUUGUUUUAUUUUAAUUUGAAGGGCUUAUUUAAUUUUGACAUUGUGCUGCAUAAACUGUUGUUAACAGUGAUAAACUUCGCAAAAUAACUGUGGAUUUGGAAAAGAAAGUUUCUCCGGAAGGGUGUAGUAUUUAAUAUUUUGUAAGGGUGUAGUAUUUAAUAUUUCAGUGAACAAAAGAGAAUAAAUAGAUGUUUGCUGCUGUUUUGCAAAUCCCAAGUUAAUUUUUCAAUUUAGUUAAUGAAUUUUUGGGCAACAGUUCAAUCGUUAUCCCACAGUGUUAUUUGGCAUAGUUUAAAUAGUGGGUGACUCACGCUUACAUUCAAAGUAAAAGUCCCACCACCUAAGUACUUUGUUCUCUUCAGCCAUCAUUUAAAAAUUCCAGUAAUUGUAAAUGCCUCAUACUUUCCAAGAAAUCCACAUAGUUAGGACUAAUAGUUUGAGCUAACUCCAAAGCAAAUGAAAGUAGAAUUUUAUGAGUGUUCUAUGGCUCUUUUUUUCUUGGAAAAAGUUUGGCCCAGUUUCAUAUCUUGAUCAUUAUUUAUCUUCUGUAGUUGCUUUUGGAGUGAUUCCAAGAUUGAAUCCUUGAGAGCCUCUACAAAUGGACAUACUUUCCAGCCCCAGAUAAAGCUGUUUCUACAAGACAGCAGAUUUUUAUGGAUUGGAAAUAUGGGUCUAGAAGUUGGGGCACAGAGUGUUGCUUGUUUCAGCACUGUUACUAAAAACAAACUUUGGAUGGAGUAAAAUGCUAUCAUGACCAUUUUCUGUCAUUUUAUGAUAUUCUGGAAAUCUAGGCAGGCACUUCAUGGCUGGAGUUAUGCUUGUGCCUCUGACACAAAUUGGUCAUCAGAUCCACAUCAUUCCCAAUGCAGUGUCCCAUCUCCAAAUGAAAUUAGUCCAUAUUGCCCAUGUUUAAUGACUCUCAAGGCAACUGCGGCUUUUAUUGACAAACUAGAUUGGAACCCCACUAAGGCAAGUCUCACACUGCUUUCCUAUUCUCACUCUUAGCUGUCUGACCGUGUGAUGCUCUGAGGACACAGUAAUCUGAUGGCAGACCCUAUCAAAUGUCAGGCUUUAUCAGAAGGCCACCUACCCUGUUUCAUGACUUCAUUUUGAAGAAUUGCUGUGCAAAUCCCAGUAUUUAUAAAUGCCUCAUACUUUCCAGGAAAUCCACAUAGUUAGGACUGAUGGUUUACGGCAAUCCCUAUUGUUCUAAGAACAACCGUGGUUGGUCACUUCUGGGUUCAUCUGGAUUGGGGUCCCACUAAGACAAGUACCAUAAUUGCUUUAAAAUUUCAGCCUUUGAUCGCCAAACUGGCCCCAGCUGAACCUCCAACCAUGGAUCCUCUGCACAUUGAGUGCAUGUAAACAAAACCUGAAAUUAUCUUUAAUGAUCCGGACAUAACCACAUGCUGGUUCACUAUCGCUUUUAGGCUUUGAUUCAUAUUCAGAAGAGAGAAUUAACCUGUAUCUUCCAAUGUAGAUUCUUUUAAAUGCCAGCAUGUAAAGGCAAUUAGAAGUUGUAGAUAACUACAUCCCAUUUUGCUGGAAACUUGAUAAUUUUAACUACAUCCCAUUUUGCUGGAAACUUGAUAAUUAGACCCAUAUGCAUCCACUGUAAGAAGUGUGUUCACUUUUACCCACCUUUAUGUUAGAUUUAUCCCUUCAUUUUGUUUAACUUUUCAUUGUGUUUCUGUGUGGUGGAUAGUAAAUUAAAUUGAAAUUUCAUAAAUAUUACAAAACGGCAUUGUUUAUUUUUAAUCUAACUGAUGAUUUGGGUAAAGAGCUAAAGUUAAGUUCAAUUCACCAAAGAUGUAUCAUGAAUUUUUAAUUGAUAUUAGAACCAUCAAAGGAAACUAGUUUCCUUUUGAAAUAAGGAAACUUACCAACCUUGUCAAAACUAGUGAAAGACAGUAAGUGACGGGAAUAACUUAGAAAUUUGUUUUCUUACCUUUUUUGUUCCUUUAAUGCAUUCAGGAAUUAUCUGUACCAAAUUUUCUUCCUACAAAAGUCAUAUUUGGGUUCCUUUAGAAAUCACACUGUCAGAACCAUCUAUUAUUUCAACAUCAAAGUGAAAGUUACUUUGAUAUGUAGCACUUAAAUUAUACUUCCAAAUUAUGUGAACCUGUAUACAAGUAUUUUAACUUUGCUCAAAAUUAUCUCUUGGGACGUAUGCCAAGCUUUUUACUUGUCAGCCAAGUUUGCAGUUAAAUAUAGGUCAUUCUGGAGAAGACAGCAGUUCCUUCUCCAAAGGAAAAAUUUUCCAGAGGUGAAGUUGGCAUGAAAUCAUGUAUAGUACAUGAAUGCUGAAUAUGCUCCAUUAUUCAACGCUGAACAGAAGGAUGCUGUUGACUAUCAAAGGCCACGAAACUAUAAGCCUGUAUUUUUCCAUAUUCAAUGUCCGGCUAUGUUUUUCCAGCAAGGAUUAUUGGAUAGUAUUUUUAAUAUCCCAUUAUCCCAGAAGCACUGAGGCUAAUAAUCACUUCCUAAUUAUUGCCCUGGUUUAGAUUAGCUAACAUUUCAAACACCUUGCAGAUCAGGCAGCAUCUGUGGAGAGGAUCUGGGACCCUUUGUCAGAACUGAGAAGGGUCCUGGACUUGAAAUGUUAAUUGCUGCCUGACCUGCUGAGUGUUCCCCGCGUUUUUUUUUUGUUUUUAUCAAAUUUCCAGCAUGUUUUUUUUUGAUUUGCAGAACAUCUUUUUUUCCCCUGUUCAAUGCCUCAUUCUGUAAUAAAGCAAUCAAAUUAGCACCUUUUAACCAGUUCUUUAAACAUGUUAAGCUCUUGGUAGAGAAGUCACAUGUCUGAAGGGGUGUUGUUGUCUUCUCUGCGCUAAAAUUAAAAUGUUUCCUAUUUAGGCUUGUCAGGUACACAUGAUCAAUUUUCAAGUAGAGAUGUGUGAUCCAGUGGAAGCCAAAUGCUGCUGUCGGUGCCUCUUAAAGCACAUACUGUAUUGUAACUUCAGCUUUGUAGCAACUUUUUGUUCAUGUUUCAUUUUUGUUUGCAGAAGCUUAUUCAGACAUGACAACAUGCCAUCGCCUGAAAUAAAAUCUGAAUAAUUUUGUAGUUUAGAUACUAUUGAAAAGAAAUUUUAAGACCCAGCAAUUUUGCAGCAGUCAGGUAUUUUUAAUGUUGCAAGGUGCAGCUUCAAGAAAAGUGCCUGAUCUUGGUAGAGAUCAUUAAUUUGAAAAAAUAUAUUUGGAAGAUUCUCAAUUCAAAAAUAUUUAACAGUCAAGUUGCAAAUAUGGAUGCCAGUCCACUACCCAAUUACUGGGACAUAUACAAUGCAAGGAUAUCAGCUGAUGUAAAUAUGCUGACUUUUAACUGAAUUUAUUAUCUAUGCUUCUGAGGAUUAUGAAAGCAAAACUUACUCAUUUCCAUGGUGAAGUCGACAAAGAUGUAAGAGAAUAUAAUGCAACUUUUAUUGCAGGGGCUGGAAGUUCAGUGUUUAUAUUGGGGGAGGGGUGGGCAAGAAUUUUUAAUUUUAAAUUCAAACCAUUUGUAGAGAUGCAGUGAAUGUAUGCAUCAUAAAAUGAAAUAUACUGAUUUGAAUGAUAUGAAGUUCCGAUGCACUCUGUUACUUCUAUGAUACAGAUUUCACUUUCCAUGGUGAAAGUAACAAAUAAUUGACAGCCAUCCUAAAACUUUGCUUUACUACAUUUUUAACGUUCAUUAUCCUAGUGCUAUAUUUUUUUAAAAUCUUCAAAUGUGAGGUUUCCUGAGCAGAUUUGUCAGUUUCUCUGUGUGUCAUGUCACAGUGUGUAGUUUUCAGUGUGCACUACUCAAUAGUUCUACUGCAAGAACUUGCAGCUGCCUGCACUUGGGCUAACUGCUGUGACCUUUUCCAAGCCAGCCCAGAAAGAAUAUACAACAAUAUUUUAGUUAUUGGGAAGUGCUGCUGCUUAAAGAAUGGAUGCUGCACUAACUGGGAGAAUGCCCCUCAGGAAUUGGGGGUGUAUGAACCUGGACAGGAUUUGCACCUGCAGAAAAUAUUUGCAAGGGAGCUGAAAAAACCCUUCAGGGAUGCAACCAGGCACACCUGGCAGGAGGUUGCCAGGGUGGUCUCGUAUUUUCUGAUGACUUGGGCUCAAUGGGCCAGAUUACUACUUAUGCCAGCUCUUAGAGCAAUCCCAUCAAUUACAAUUAUCUCAGUUAAUUCCUGUAAUUUGUUCUCUCCCAUCAACUCCACUGUGAUUGUCCUGCCACCUCUACACCAAAGGGUACUUUAUAACAGCCAAUUAACCUAUCAUCUGGUACGCCAUUGUAAUGUGGGAGGAAACUGGAGCACCCAGGGGAAGCCAUGAGGUUGUAAGGAGAAUGUGCAAGCUCCACACUGAUAACACAAGCGAUCAGGAUCAGAACUGGGUCACUGGAACUAUGCAAUGCCAGCACUACCUGCUGUACUAAUGUAUCCUCCACUGUAUCCCUGUAAGGAGUAAUACUACUCGAGUUUGCUUAAAGAAUGCCUGCACUUUGAAAAUGCCUACAAAGGUGGAAAUUCCCUGUGGGUUGAAGAGAAAGUAUACGAAGCUUUCUUUGUCUGAGUAUGGAUCUUGGGAAGCUUCCCUAAUGUAGCAGUGAGAAGAGGCCAGAGAUCAGCUGCAGCAGCUAGGAAUGAUCCUGAGGGUGACUAUGACUUUGAUAUCCAGGGGUAAAGCACACCUGGCAUGCAUGUGAAUCUGUGUUGGAGGACACGGGUCUAAUUAGGUACAAGAACUACAGAUUGAUUGUUGUCCCCUUGAGUCUUAGGGAAACCAGAUCAGUAUAGCUGUAUUCUCUGUGAGUAAAUAAGGAAUUGUGUUUCAGAUUGGUGAGGUUCAGAAUUACACUGGAGAAGCCUAUUGGGGUAUUGCACCAUUGUUGGGGUCAUUUGGGAGGUUUUACACUUUUUUUUAAAAAUCUAAAACAAAGUUCCUGCAAAGUUACCAAUCAAAUUUUCUAAUAAUAAGAACAGUGGAGACGCACCCAAUAUUGUACAUAAAGAUAGGCCUAUUUUCAACCACAAAACACUGCUUUAUUUAUCAUACUUGCAAUUUUUCCUUAUCCCUAUUAACCUCCAAAAUUUGGCUGGAUAUAUGUUGCUAAUUUAUAAAUAUUUCUAUGUUUGUCAGUUCAUAUAUGAAGAACUUCACAAUCAGUAUCCCUUUGGUCGAAAUCCAUUGUCUUUGUACUGUUUUAUACAAUGCAAAUUUUAUAUUGAGUAAAGUAUGAUUUUAUAUGUUUAAAAAAACAAUAUGCUGCGCUUUGUUUAUGGUUCUGUUUAUUAAUGUGUAUUGCUGGAACAAAUGCAUCUAUGACAAUACAUAGUAUUUUCAUAAUAUCAGCAAAAUUGUACUUUAUUUAUAGUAAA